GAAUGACUUACAAUUUGGAACGAAGAGAGUAUAAAGUAACUCAACUGACAAGAGAGUGAAGGAAAGGAGAGAAGGCAGCACAGCAGCAGCUGCGUCGCCAAUAAAUACAAGAGGAAGGGAGCUAACCCAGAUAGAUGCAUCCACCCAUGAUUCCCAUCCAUCUCUGCUCUGCUUGGGUGCCCUGCCCUGCCCUGCCCAUAACAACAACCGUAUCCAUCCAUCCCACCACCCAUCUUCCUUCCUUGGUUCCUCUUGACAGUUGAGAGUUGACACACACACACCCACCCAGAUAACUACUGAGUGAGUGAGUGAGUGAGCGAGCGAGCGAGCGAGCGAGCGAGCCAGCCAGCCAGCCAUCGAGCGAGCGACCUUGAGAUCGAUCUCAGCUUUGUUUGUUGGCCCGCCGCCGCCAUGGCGAUAGGUGGCUUCGUGGAUGCCCCUGCCGCUGCCGCCGGCGCCGACUACGGUGGCCGCGUGACUUCCUUCGUGGUGCUCUCCUGCAUCGUGGCCGGCAGCGGUGGCAUCCUCUUCGGCUAUGACCUCGGCAUCUCAGGUUGCGUUGCGUUGCGUUGCUACUACCGUGGGGUUACGUCGAUGGAGUCGUUCCUGAGAAAGUUCUUCCCGGAUGUGUACCACCAGAUGAAAGGAGACAAGGACGUCAGCAACUACUGCCGCUUCGACAGCGAGCUCCUCACCGUCUUCACCUCGUCUCUCUACGUCGCCGGCCUCGUCGCCACGCUCUUCGCCUCCUCCGUCACCAGGAGGUUCGGCCGCCGCACCUCCAUACUCAUCGGCGGCACUGUCUUCGUCCUCGGCUCCGUCUUCGGCGGGGCAGCCGUCAACGUAUACAUGCUCCUCCUCAACAGGAUCCUCCUUGGUAUAGGCCUCGGCUUCACCAACCAGUCGAUUCCACUGUACCUAUCAGAGAUGGCGCCACCGCAGUACCGUGGGGCAAUCAACAAUGGCUUUGAGCUCUGCAUCAGCAUCGGCAUCCUCAUCGCGAACCUCAUCAACUACGGCGUGGAGAAGAUCGCCGGUGGAUGGGGCUGGAGGCUGUCUCUGUCCCUGGCCGCCGUGCCGGCCGCGUUCCUGACCGUCGGCGCGAUCUUCCUGCCCGAGACGCCCAGCUUCAUAAUCCAACGCGGCGGCGGGGGCGGCGACAUCGACGAGGCAAGGCUGCUGCUGCAGAGGCUGCGUGGCACGACCAGGGUCCAGAAAGAGCUCGACGAUCUGGUGUCCGCGGCUAGCGAGGCGUCGAGGACGACGGCAACCCGGCGGCCGUUCCGGAACAUACUGAGGAGCAAGUACAGGCCGCAGCUGGUGAUAGCGCUGCUGGUUCCCUUCUUCAACCAGGUGACGGGCAUCAACGUCAUCAACUUCUACGCGCCGGUCAUGUUCCGGACCAUCGGGCUCAAGGAGAGCGCGUCGCUCAUGUCGGCGGUGGUGACGCGCGUCUGCGCGACGGCCGCCAACGUGGUGGCCAUGGUGGUGGUGGACAGGUUCGGGCGGCGGAAGCUCUUGCUGGUGGGCGGCGUCCAGAUGAUCCUGUCGCAGGUGAUGGUGGGGGCGGUGCUGGCGGCCAAGUUCAAGGACCACGGAGGGAUGGACAAGGAGUACGCGUACCUGGUCCUGGUCAUCAUGUGCGUCUUCGUCGCGGGCUUCGCCUGGUCCUGGGGCCCUCUCACGUACCUGGUGCCCACCGAGAUCUGCCCGCUGGAGAUCAGGUCGGCGGGGCAGAGCAUCGUCAUCGCCGUCAUCUUCUUCGUGACGUUCCUCAUCGGCCAGACCUUCCUGGCGAUGCUGUGCCAUCUCAAGUUCGGGACCUUCUUCCUCUUCGGCGGAUGGGUGUGCGUCAUGACGCUCUUCGUGUAUUUCUUCCUGCCGGAGACGAAGCAGCUGCCCAUGGAGCAGAUGGAGCAGGUCUGGAGGACCCACUGGUUUUGGAAAAGGAUUGCAGAUGCAGAUGCAGAUGCAGGGGAGGAAGAAGAGCAAGGCCAAAGGAGACCCAGACCCAGAGGAGAGGCAGCAGGAACCAUAGCUCUGUCCGCCACAUAGACACUAUACAUUGCAUUGGUUGCCAAUCAUUAUUAAUUAAGCUACUAUAUAUAUAGGUGAUCUGAUGAUCAAAGUAUACAUACACAUGCAUACAUUAUAUUUGGUGAAACCGCGCGCGCCUGCAGAAAUCGUAUAGCUAGGCGCAUGCAUGGUACACCACUUUGUUGAUUACACACACUAGCUAGUAUAUAUACUAUACUCUAGUAAAUAAUAAAUCCAUGCAAAUAUAUAUAUAUAUGUAAUGGGCUUGCAUUGUAUAGCUAACUAGCUGCACACAAAUUGUUUGUAUCCUAGCUAGCUAGGGAGCAAAUGCAUUUCAAUAAGCUAGUUUAUUUGAUGCAUGCAUUCUGUAAUGUAAAGGGGCUAUCCUAUCCAUGAAGGAAGAAUUCAAGGGGCUUCCACUCCAGCAGAAGUGCGAAUUAAUUAUUAA